ACUACUGCUACUACUGCUGCUGCUGCUGCUGCUGCUACUACUACUACUACUACUACUACUGCUACUACUACUACUACUGCUACUACUACUACUACUACUACUACUACUACUACUACUGCUACUGCUACUGCUGCUACUACUACUACUACUACUACUACUACUACUGCUACUACUGCUACUGCUACUGCUACUGCUGCUACUACUACUACUACUACUACUACUACUACUGCUACUGCUACUGCUGCUACUACUACUACUACUACUACUACUACUACUGCUACUACUGCUACUACUGCUACUGCUGCUGCUGCUGCUACUACUACUACUACUACUACUACUGCUACUGCUACUGCUGCUACUACUACUACUACUACUACUGCUACUGCUACUGCUACUGCUACUGCUGCUACUACUACUACUACUACUACUACUACUGCUACUACUACUACUACUACUACUGCUACUGCUACUGCUACUGCUGCUACUACUACUACUACUACUACUACUACUGCUACUACUGCUACUACUGCUACUACUGCUACUGCUGCUGCUGCUGCUGCUGCUACUACUACUACUACUACUACUACUACUGCUACUGCUACUGCUACUGCUGCUACUACUACUACUACUACUACUACUACUACUCAUGGCACCUAA